CGUCACAAAUUUAAAUCCAGGAGCCCAAAAAUAGCCUCGAGUAUGCUCCUAACCCGCUGACUGUGACCUCAGCGACAAGAGGAACAGGAAAGAGGACGAGAAAGAGGAGGAAGUGGGGUGGAAGGAGAUUUAAAACGGGUUUACUCGCAAUGUCUUUGGAGGAGUUGCUGUGAGUGAGGCGAACGGACACGUCGGACUCCGCCACUCGUCGUGGAAGUAGUUUAGCCCGUGUUUUAGCAGCAAACAUGCGGCGUGUGCGGUGAAGACGCAGAAUAAGUAAGAAAGACGAUGGCAGCACACAACAAGACAGUCGUGUACUUGUCCGAGCAGGUGGUGGUGUUGUGUUCGUGCGUCAUGUCGUUCUUGGGCUCGUCGCUCAUUAUAAUCACUUACGCGAGUUUAGCGGACUUGAGGACGACCGCGCGCAAGCUGCUCCUCUUCCUCUCGGUGGCCGACUGGCUCUCGGCGGUCUCGUACGCCUUCGGAGUGUGGCGAGUGUUCGACUCGGACUCUCCGGACUGCGUCGCUCAAGGGGCGAUAUCCACCUUCGCCAACACGAGCUCCUUCUUUUGGACGGUGGCCAUCGCCGUCUACUUGUACGUGUUUAUCGUCCAGUCCAGUCAGAGGGCCGCUGACAGCUUGGUGCUGGUCUUCCACCUGGUCAGCUGGGGCGUUCCUUUGGCCAUCACAGUUGCAGCCGUGUGCCUCAACAAGAUUGGCUACACCGCGUCAGAAGUGUCGGUGGGCUGGUGCUGGGUCAGGAUCCACACCCCCGACCGUGUCCUGUGGAUGCUGCUGGCUGGAAAGAUCUGGGAAUUCUUGGCUUAUCUCACCCUCCCCGUCCUCUACAUCCUCAUCAAGAGGCAUAUCCACACAGCGCACGCAGCCCUUUCGGAGUACCGUCCACUCUUAGCCAAUAGGACGCCAUCGUACCCGUUCUCCUCCAUGGCGGACAUGAAGCUGACCCUCAUCCCGAUCAUCUUCAUCGUGUUGCGCAUUUGGAGCACAAUCCGCUUCAUUCUGCUGCUGGUCGGAUCCCCGGCGGGACAGAACCCUAUCCUGGUGACACUACAUGGGAUCGGCAACACGUCACAAGGAGCGGCCAACUGUAUCAUGUUUGUAUUAUUAACCGCACCAGUCCGCAGCCGCCUCUUCGCUUCGCUCUCUUGCUGCCGCCGCCGCCGUCCCGGCCCGUUAGAGCGGCAUCGGGCGCAGGAUGACACUCGCAGGCUGCCGCCAGGACUCCACACAUCGAACCAGGGAGAGGACGCCGUCACCAGUGACACCCACACUGACAGGUGACGCUGGAUUUGUCUCGGAGGUGGACACGCGUUUCUCGGUUUCAACAGGUGUGCGUUACUAGACAGUAGUACAUACAUGUUGAGAAAUUUACAGUAACCGGUGGUUACCUCUUGAGUCAUAAAAGGCAUCUCACCUUGAAGUUGGUGUAGCUACAAGAUGGUUAAAUCCAUCGUCUCCUUCGUGGACUCAGUUUAUGGAGUUCAUCGUUUGUAAGAUUCAUAUCCAGUUUUGUCAAGUAUUUGUGGGGAUGAAAAAUAUGUGAAUGUUCUUGGCUGUGCUGUACAACGAAACAGAAUUACCAUUCUGUUUGUUCAUUGUCGCAGUUUUUGAAUUUAAUUAUGAGGAAUAUGUGUCAUAUGGGGGGGGUGUCGCACUAAUAAACUGUUGUCAAACUAUA